AUGCGGCGCCUGGCGGGCCCGGUGGCCUCCGCGGAAGGUCGCCCGCCCCUCACGCCUGCCUGGCCCCGCGCCCCCCGCACCCGCCAUCCUGGUAGCCUGCUCCAGCUGUUGAGGUUCCCCCGGUGCUUCCAUUAACCACCACCCGCCCCCCCGACGCCCGGUCCUCCUCCUGAGGCACUGAGUCCCGGCUCCCAGGAGUAGGCCUCCAUCAGACUGGCUCGCUCGCGGGGUAGGCCCCAAAGCUUCGUUUUCCCGGAAGGAGAAGGAGGGUGUGAUGGAGCGGCCAUACCUGAAUCUGGAAGUGCAAGAGCUCUGCAGCCCCACAGUGGCUCUAACUCCCAAGUUGUUGAAGAGGCCCAAGAUGCAGAUGCCCCAAGACUCGUUCCCCACUGACUGGAGCCCACCACCUGUAGAGUUCCUAAACAAGAACAGGAGACUGCACGAGAACUGGGAGAAGGAGUCCCCAGAUUCAGACCGGAAGGUGGGGCUCACCUCACUGGAAGAACUGUUCUGUAACAUGGCAAGUCCCAGCCAGCAGGCUGUGACUCCCAAGAUUUCCUCUGGAGCCUCAGAGUGCUAUGUCAACAACUUAGAUUACUUACUGCAAGAGAAGAGGCAACAGGCCCUGGAGCAGGAAUGGAAGCAUCUGCUGCAGCAGAAACAGCUCAACCUGGAGCCCUCUGAGUGUGACGAAGACUACAGAGAAGCAGUGCUCACACCUGAGCACAGGAUGCUCGUGGAGAAGUUCUCCAUAUCCCUGCAGGUCAUUUCGCCAGUGCAUCCAGGUGAAACUGUGUUUUUGCCUAGACAUCAGCCCUUGCCUUGCAUCCUGGACUCCUCCAGUCUAAAGCCACACAGUCAACUGGAAGAGCUGUUCCUCAGGUCCCCACUGCCCCAGCAGCUCUCCUUCCUGCACAAGGGCCUCCUGAGCAACCUCUACCUGCAUGCCUCUGAUUACCCGAUACCUCUGCUCCAGUGGCUGUUCAAGUUGUUAACAUGGCCUCCAGAAACAUCUUCGAGAGCUUUUAGUCUCCUCUGGGAUCUCAGCAUAGAUGGACUAUUCCGUCAGCCUGAUGAAGCCAUGUGCUUGUGGUGUCCUUCACUACAAGAGGUCAAGGAGGUGUUCCACAGCCUGGGAGCCUACAACCCUGCCCUGUAUCCGCAGGGGCCCUUCCAGCACAGCCCAAGAGUGCUUGAGAGUGAGGCCAGCGUGGGCAGGGGGGAGACACACAGUUCUCCCCAGGAAGUGGCCUUGAACAUUAAGCUGAGCUACAUCUACAAGUUCCUGAUCCUGUGUUUCCUAGUCCAGCCAAAGUCCUACACCGAUGCCAGCAUCUUGGGCCUGAUGGAGCUGCUGUGCCGUGCAGGCCUGGAUGUGGGGUUGCGCCUGCUGCCUAAGACUGACCUCCAGCAACUCCUGCUCCUACUGCUGGAAAACAUCCAAGAGUGGCCUGGAAAGCUCCAGCCGCUGUGCAGCGCCCUCAGCUGGGUUUCAGACCACCACCACAACCUGUUGGUCCUCGUGCAGUUCUUUCUGGACGUGACUCCCCGGGCCAGGCAGCUUCGAAGCCAACUGAGUCUCACAGUUAUUGCCCGAAUGCUGGGUCAGCAAGAGGCACUUCCUCUCUGGGAAUCGAAAAGCCAGCUAGCCUUGCUCAGCCAGCUGCUCAGCCUCAUGAGGCCAUCAUCCCUCAGGCAGUGUCUGGGUGUUGAGACCUUGCCAUCCUGUCAGGGGCAAGAGCCAAAGGCCAAUGCUGAGAUAGACCACAAGCCUGGAUUCAUGUUUGUGCAUGAGAAGCUGGGCUCCUCAACUGGCUUGGGUUCUGCUGCUCCAAACAAGGUCUGCUAUCUGUGCCACAGCCUCUUGAGCCUGGCUGGGGUGGUGGUCAGUAGCCAGGAUAUCACUCCAGAUCAGUGGGGUGAGCUGCAGCUGUUGUGCAUGCAGUUGGACCGCAACAUCAGCACCCAUAUCCGGGAGAGCCCCCAGGCCAUGCACCGGACCAAACUCAAGGACCUAGCCACCCAGACCUACAUCCGCUGGCAGGACCUGCUGGCUCACUGUCAGCCCCAGGGCCAGUACUUCAGUCCUUGGAAAGACAUUUAAAGCGGUCAGGGCAAAGUGGCCCAGGGUUCUGGACUCCAGCAGAAAGAGAACUGUAGGAGGUGAAUGGAGGCUGAAGCCUAGUGCAGCUAGACUGCUGUCACUGGGGUCCUUGUCUCUGACCAUCCACAUCCUUGAACUCUCCUGACUGCUCAGCUAUCUCUGGGGUCUUGUCUCUACAGCUCUGGCUUCCCAGGUCCUCCUGGGCCCUCCUUGUUGGUCACUGUUCCCCGCCCCCACACCUUGCUCUCUGACCAUUGUUAAUAUGGGGUUCCUUUAUGCACAUUAAAGUCUUACUUUGGGCA